AUGCGAGACGAGCGUGUCUUUUUCUGGACCGCAAAGGUUCUCCCUCAGGUCGAAAGGAGUCAAAAAAUACCCUUGAUCACGCAUGUGGUGAGCUCUGGUGCCUCAUUGUACCUGGCUGGCACCGAAGCCGACCAAACGGCAGCAGUUUACCGGCUGCGUCUAACAGAGGGCCGCUGGCGAGUCGAAGGAAAAUGGUGCUUGCUAGCCCCGAACUCAGGAGUAAAAGCAAAAACCCCACGACUAGCGGACCUCUGUGUGAAUGACGCGGACACCGUGCUCGCCGCAGUCUGUGUGGACGGCUGGCUCUACGUCGAGCGCGCCCAGGAUAUCGGUGGAAAACGGUUGCGAGCACAUCGAGCGCAUGAUCAGCUGCGAGCGGUAGCACUCGACCCGAACUACGACACGAGCCUGCCUCGUUCCAGUUUGCGUGUGGUUGUGGGAGGCGAUCAAGGAGAGCUUGCGUUGUACGGGGAGUCGUGGCUGGGGCUCUCCCAGACAGCCGUCCUGUACCGAAGCCGGGAGGCGAUCACGAAUAUCGCCUGGCAUGCACACUUCAUCAGCUGGGCAACGCUUUCUGGCACCGUUCGAGUCUAUGACAGUGACCGACAUGCCGGGGUUUGCUCGGUGGAGCCGCCGGCGUCUCUGGGGCAGCAAACGUUACCGCCGCGCGCACGCCUUCAACGAACCCGUCUUUUCUGGACCUCAGGGCGUCAGCUUUGCAUCAGCUGGUGGUAUCGUGGUGCAAAUGAGGAUCUCGAACAUGACGCGCAAGAGCAGGAUCCAGAAGCAUGCGUCGCCAUUCGAGUGCUUUCGUUCAACGAAAACCCACCGGAGGAGGCCACGAACGCGAUACUGGUCCAGACACAGUGGAGUUGCUGCAGAUCACUUUUUCAGAAUGGAUUCCAGCUUCGCUUGGUCGCGCCGUGUUCAGAAAAUAGUGCUGAUUUGCUUUUCGUUUCGUCGCGGAUGAGAGCGCGUCCAGCGGAGGACAGCGAUUCUGGGAUGCCCUCGGAUGCUGAAGCACUCGAACGGCUCGAUGAGGACGCUAAUUUCGCAGCCGGGACACUGGAACUGUGCAUGCAACUCUAUGCGUAUCAGCAGACUGAAUCAGAAGAAAAGAAAGAAGGCUCCCGCUUUGUGCUUGCGAAUGAGCAACUAGUCGCAUUCGAGUGGCCUCCGGCUGCGACAAGCGCGGCAGCGCCAGUGCAGCUGCCGCGAUCACGCCUGCUCAGCGCCUGGAGUCGCAAAGCAUGCGCCCUCUUUAUGCUAUAUGCGGAAGCCGCUGUGUCGACAGAAGCAACAGAGGCACCUUGGCUGCCGGUUAUCGUUCAGGUGCGUCCGUGCAAUAUUGUUGAACAGGUUCGAUGGCUGCAUGCGCAACAUGCUGAUGCCUCAGCAGUCCUGGCGCUCGCUCGACUGGCUGUUCAGACGGAUGCGCAGGCCCUGUCCGCCGAGGAACUUGCAUCUCUCGCCGACGCUUUUCUGGAAGCUCAUUGGGAACAUUGCAGUGCAGCGGGCACCCCAACCGCUGAGCAUGACGAAAUCGCUGCCCGCAUUCCCGAGGCACUGGAAUGGUGGAACGCUCCGACCUGGCUCUGGGAGAAGUGGAUACGGCGUCUGCUGGCUGUAGGCAGAGGCGCGCUGCUCGUGUCCGUGAUACCGACACAGUCUCCUGUGCUGGAACGCCAGGUUUACGACAUCAUAUUUCACCAAUUGAUUGACAAGCCAGAACCAGGGAUGCUGUAUGCUGCCCAGAACUGGCCGUUGGAGAUCUUCUCCGUUGACGAGCUUAUUGAGGCUCUGGAGCGUCGCCUGCAGCAGGUCCGAACGGCGCCCGAUGCUAGCUCCCGCCGGGCGAUGCUCAUCAUGACAGAAUCUUUAUCCGCGCUCUACACACGAUCUGGUCGAACGGAGAAGACGCUCUUCCUGAUCCUCGAGCAAGACGGCACGGCCGUGUUCUCCUACAUACGGAAGCAUCGUCUCUUUGCUGCUGCUCGCCAAUGUCUUGGCGCGCUCUUUGCUUUGGAUGCGGCGGAGGCAGCGCGCACGCUCGCAAUGGCGAGUCCGCUCGAGCUGAGCAUAGACGACGUCUUGGGAGCACUCGAGCCCGCGGAUUCCCUCAAUGCCAUGCUCUACCUCGAAGAGGUGUUUCGCCAAGCCCCUGACCUCUUACACGUACCAGAGCACCACGAAAGACUCCUGGAACUGCUUGUCAAACAUGCCCCCGAACGUAUUCUGGCCCUGUUGCAGUCCGAGGAUUGUUUCUGCCGGCCACAAGUCGCGAGGAGCAUCCUCGCUCGAGCGGAGACGCCUGAUCGGCAAUUUCUCCGAGAACGAGCACUUCUGCAUGCGCUGCAGGGCGAUCUCCUCGAAGCACUCAAGAUACUCCUGGAAGGCGAGAUGGAAGGCGAUGCCCUGGAGCUAGCACGCCAACAGGCUUCCGAUGCCGCACCUUGGGGAUUUCUAGCAGCCCACAUGCGCGACCCCCAGCGACUCCUACUGGUUCGCGAGUGCGCCCUGUCACGAUCUCAAGUGCUUAUGACGAUUGGUGAACGGCGUCUGGCAGGUGAAGCGAUUAAGCUGGAAACGCCCGUCAUUCGCGAGGCCUAUUACCAUCUCGAAGAACAGCGCCAAUGUUCGCAUGCGGUGAGCGAGCUACUCAAGCAGCGCAUCCACAAACUCGAACAAGCCUAUGCUUCAGCGCUGUUUGACGAUCUCGUGCUGCCCCCAACCGUGGCAACCGAUCUGAAGGGACACUUGAGCGUUUCUGAGCGCAAUGUAGUCGAGCUAUCCUAG